AUAGAUAAAUAAAUAUAAAGGAUAUUGAAAAUGAAAGACUGUUGAGAUAAUUGAAAAAAGAAAAAAGGAUAGUGUCGUGUAGAGUGUGUGUGUGCGUGCGUGUGUGUGCGUGUGCCUGUGUGUGUGGCUGUAUAUUCAAAGAAAUUCGUGUUGGAAGACAAGAAGAACCAUCAAGAUGAUGAAGAAGGAGAAACCUAUGAUGUCCGUGACGGCCAUUAUCCAGGGAACGCAAGCUCAACAUUGGGCACGCGGUAACACCUGGUUAAGUUUGGAAAAUAGUAACAUGUCGAUGUCAUCAGUAGGUCCACAAAGUCCGCUGGACAUCAAACCCGACACGGCUAGUCUUAUAAAUCCAGGAAACUUCAGUCCUUCUGGUCCUAACAGUCCAGGAUCCUUCAACGCUGCUGGUUGUCACAGCAACCUCUUGAGUACGUCGCCAAGUGGACAGAACAAGGCAGUUACACCCUACCCACCGAAUCACCCUCUAUCAGGCAGCAAACAUCUUUGUUCGAUCUGUGGUGAUCGAGCUAGUGGCAAACACUACGGUGUUUACAGCUGCGAGGGUUGUAAAGGAUUCUUCAAAAGGACCGUACGUAAGGAUCUAUCGUAUGCGUGCCGCGAAGAAAAGUCCUGCAUAAUCGACAAAAGACAAAGAAAUCGUUGUCAGUAUUGUCGAUAUCAAAAAUGUUUGGCGAUGGGAAUGAAAAGAGAAGCGGUACAGGAGGAACGACAACGUACCAAGGAAAGAGAUCAGAGCGAGGUCGAAAGCACAAGCAGUCUUCACUCUGACAUGCCGAUCGAACGUAUUUUGGAAGCUGAGAAACGAGUUGAAUGCAAGGUCGAGCAUGAAGGAAAUUACGAGAAUGCAAUAUCGCACAUUCGCAACGCCACGAACAAACAGCUGUUCCAGCUGGUGGCAUGGGCCAAGCACAUCCCGCAUUUUACCUCGUUGCCGUUGGAGGAUCAGGUACUAUUACUCAGGGCUGGUUGGAACGAGUUGCUGAUAGCAUCCUUUUCUCAUCGUUCCAUCAAUGUCAAGGACGGUAUCGUUUUGGCCACUGGCAUUACCGUCAACCGUAAUUCGGCGCAACAGGCUGGCGUAGGGACGAUAUUUGAACACGUAUUAUCCGAACUCGUAACUAAGAUGCGAGAAAUGGAAAUGGACAAAACUGAAUUAGGUUGUCUCAGAUCAAUAAUCCUCUUCAACCCUGACGUACGAGGUUUAAAAUCCAUCCAAGAGGUCAGUCUACUACGUGAGAAGAUCUAUGCGGCUUUAGAAGAAUAUACACGUGUAUCUUGUCCGAACGAUCCAGGAAGAUUCGCUAAGCUAUUGCUUCGCUUACCGUCCAUUCGUUCGAUCGGCCUCAAAUGUCUCGAACAUCUCUUCUUCUACAAGCUGAUCGGUGAUGUACCGAUCGACGAUUUCCUAAUGGAGAUGCUGGAGUCACCCUCGGAUCCUUAGGAACAAAGGGUGUGCCGCAUUCUGGGGCACACCGAUCUCUGAACAAGAGAGAGAGAGAGAGAGAGGGAGAGAGAGAUAGAGAAAAAGAGAGAGAGAGAGAGAAGAGAGAGAGGAGAGAGAGAGAGAGAAAGAGAGAGAGCGAGAUAACUCGUGGUAAAGAGAUGUAAAGCUACGGGGGAUGAAAAAAGAAAAGGAUAAAGAAAAAUAAAUUAACGUGAAAACAGAGCUAUAGGACAACACCAUUACAAAAACAACAACAACAACAACAACAACAAUAACAACAAUAAUAAUAAUAAUAACAUU